GCUCCUCUCGGCUGGAGAGGCUCGUCUCUGCUCGCCCAAUGUGAGGAGUUCGGUAUGUGCUGCAGCGUAUGCCCAAACCGACCUUUGUGAUGACAAUCCGGGAGUUUUCGGUAACGAAAGUUGUUCAGACUGAAUGUUGUUCUUUUUUCCUCUGAGUAUCUGCAGUGUACGGUGCUGUCUCGUGCUCUUCCUUUUCCUGACACAAAUGUAGGUAUAGACAUUACAUUUGUCGGUAGAUGUUGCCUUUGAAUAAACGUAAAGAACUUGAAACCACUUCUGAGAUUCUUGCCUUGAUUAGCAGGUAGGUGAAACAGUAAGGGUUCUUUCCCUGACAGCUUGUGCCAGAAGCCAGUAGUUAAACACGAUUAUGUCAUUGGAAAGCCAAAAGUGAAAGGCACUCAGGAUGUGUAGCAGCUAGAAACCAAUGUGAUGCCUCUCCACAGGGGAAGAGCGAGAAGGAAGACUUGCCAGACAAGAUCCAAAACCAGCGUGACCUUCGGCUUUCUAAUAAGGUGAUUCAGAAACACUGCGUAGAGGACUCCUAGCCAGAGCUGUUUGGUCCAGGAGUUUGAAGAUGCAUCGAGACUGAUAGUGAGGACAGAGCAAUCUCCUAAAGAAGAGCACAGCCUGAACUAUUGGCCAUGUCUAUCACAGAUCACAGCCCCACCACCGGAGUGGUGACUGUCAUCGUUAUCCUGAUUGCCAUCGCAGCUCUGGGAGCCCUGAUCCUGGGCUGCUGGUGCUACCUGCGGCUGCAGAAGCUCAGCCAGUCUGAGGAUGAGGAAAGCAUUGUGGGUGAGGGAGAAACCAAAGAGCCCUUUCUGCUGGUGCAGUACUCUGCUAAAGGACCCUGUGUGGAGAGGAAAGCAAAGCUAACUCCAAACAGCCCCGAAGUACACAGCUAACUUGGAGCAACAUGUGCAGAUGGACUAUAUGCUCGUGACAUUCACAUGUGUAACCAGCAGAAGCAUUUCAAUACUGUGAAGAACCUGGUCACGUGCACACUUCUCAUCUCCCUGAUGAGAAUUAAAUAAGCUUUGUUUGCAACUGCAUGCACUGAGAGGUUGCACUUUGCAUCGACUGCGUAUCCUAAUUCCUCUAUGGCAGGAGCUGACUCGCCUGCUGUAAUGUCCAUUGCUGGCAAUGGGCACAGGAAUAUACUGUGUGAAGAGACUACUACUGUUUUUUGUUACUUGAAUGUUUAGCUGAGCCUAUUUUGAUAGAGCUACUACUGUAAUGUGAACUACUUCCAAACUGUAUAUAGCUGCCAGAAACUUCUUGCUUUGUGUUCUGUAGCACAUGGGAAUAUGAUGCAAUUGUAUAUAAUGCACAGGGGACUCCAGACCAUCAAAACUGAAUCUGCAGUUAAAGCUUGCUUCUGCUACUAGAUUGAGUAUGCAACUACUAAGUCAGAACUCAUCCUUUGAGCAAUUUAUUGGACUGAUGCAGAGUACCUCAUUUGAAAAGAAGGGAUAAGCCUUCAGUAAUAUGCUGAAGGAGGAAACAUAGGAGCUACAAGAAAGGAAGCGCUCCUUUAGCUGCAGCUAUGUUGGUUAAGCUUUUGGCUGCUAAAACUGAGUUCUGUGUGUAGCUACUGCAAGGAAACUGCCAUUUUGAUGGGUUCCAACCUGGGAACUUAUGAUGGAUACUGAACCCUCAGAGAACGUCCAGAAGGUUUCCAGGUGUUUGAAAUGGCAGGCUUGUCUUCCACAGGCCAGUCUGUGUGCUAAAACUGCAGAAGUGUUUACUUAGCAAAACUGGCUUAAGUGCAAGUAGUAUGAAUUCUUCCUAGAACCCUUGUUUGUGUACUUAGGGUGUAUGUUAACAGCCUGUUACAAAAAGGCAUUUUAGUCUACAGCCAGACAACUCUAGAAUUCAGUUAAUGUACCUUGUAUAUAACUUUUGAUUGAAUUGUACUACAACAGGAGAAUUUUCAGCCUUUUCUACUGUUGAUAGGGUCAAGGUUAUUGCUGAUCAGUUUGUAAAAGCUUUUAGCUAGCAACGGCCAAGUCCUUCCAGAUAACAUGCAUUUCCUGCUCUGUGCUGAAGUUCAGCUAUAGGAACUGUAAAAAGGUGAUGAAUGGGAAGUUCUGGACUGCAACAGUUUAGGGGGAAGAGAAGGAACAACACUGAGCAGCCAAUGGCAGCUUACAUAUUCUAAAACUGUGUAGGCACAUAUGCUUAGAGGUCACUGGCCUGUUUUCUAUUACUUGAUACAUGGCCUCCUUUGCAUACUGAUAUUUUUAAACACUUAAUUGCCUAGUCUUAAUUCAGCUCCAGAGGAAGCAUUAGACUUGCUUCUUGUAUCUGUACAUAUGGAAUAACUUAAGGCCUAGCAAGCUUGCUUGACUAUAUGCAAGACAAGAACAGUCUAGACAAAAAGUUGUCCCCUUCUUCUACACUAAGAUGUUGAAUUGCUUUGUUAGUGCUACAUUUGAUUUUUUAAAAUUGAAAGCUGUCAUUUGAAGCAAAAAAAAUGCUGUCAGGAGC